CAGCACCGCUUCCGUAACGCUGUGUUGUUGUGGUUUCCUGGUCGGCGUUGAAUGACGGCGUGCUUCAGCGAUGGAGGCCAAAGCUGUGAAGGCGAUCCUGUUUGAUUUGGACAACACGCUGAUAGAAACUACUUUAGCGGGAGAAGUGGCUCUGCAGAAGGCCGGGGAGCUGCUGAAGGCCGAGCUGAGCCUGGACGACGCCGCCGUCCGCAGCGUCUGCGACCGCUUCAAGCUGAAGCUGCGGCACGAGGCUCCCGACGGCUUCCCCUGCGCCUCCCUGGACGAGCUGCGGGCGCGCCACUGGGAGGAGAGCAUCGCGGAAACCACGGGAGGCCCGCCCGCGUCCGGCCUGGCUUCUCUGUGCUACGACCUGUGGAAGAGCCGCCGCCUGGAGGCCCUGCGCCUGACCCCGGAGGUGCGCGACCUCCUGAGGGGACUCCGCCGCAGCUACAAGCUGCUGCUGCUCACCAACGGCGACGCGCAGACCCAGAGGGAGAAGGUGGAGGCGGCGCGGUGCGAGGAGUUCUUCGACGCCGUGGUGAUCGCCGGCGACCACGCCGAGCAGAAGCCCUUCCCGUCCAUCUUCCGGCGGUGCUUCGGCGCGCUGCGGGUGGAGGCGCAGGACUGCGUGAUGGUGGGCGACUCCCUGGACACGGACAUCCGGGGGGGGCUGAACGCCGGGGUCCGGGCCACGGUGUGGAUCCACGCAGCGGAGGGGGACGCGUCAGACGCGGCGGUGAAGCCGGACUACGUCAUCCCCACGGUGCUCGACCUGCCGGGGAUCCUGGCGCAGCUGCAGUAACGCCGCCGCUUAUAUAAGCUGUUUUCUACUCUUGAUACGAGCGCGGAUAUUUUUAUAUUCAUUAUAGGUUGAGUUUAAGGAGAAAACACUACGUGGAGAGAAUUUAUCGCUGCAGAAAGGGAACAAAACGAAAGUGUCAUUUGUCCCUGGUUUGGUAAAUAAGACGAUCUGCCGAUGGAAUGAGUAUUUUUACCCCUAGAAUAACAUAAUUAGACAUCCUGCACUUAAAAUAAGAUGAUGGAGAUGAGUUGUUGCUAUUUUAAGUCAGAACAUUUAACAUCAAGGAGAAAUCAACUUAUUUCAAGAAAAUCUGACUGACUUUUUGCAGGGAUGAAAGUAUAAAUUAUUAUAGCUACACUUUUGGAAAGUCAGAUGUUUACAUUAUGGGUGAGACUGUUGUUAAAUCUUUAAUUGAAGCUUUUAAUGAUUUAUUUGAACUGUUCUUGUUCCAUGCUGGGA